UUUUCAGCUCAAUCUCUUCCUCCAAAUAAUAACUAAUUGAAAACAAUGAGAGCCCGUUCGAGUUCCGUAACCGUUCUAUACGACAGGAGAAAUCGAAAAGGUGUUUCUCUUGAUAGAAACAAUAAUUAUGCAUCUCGUGAAGUUGAAAAACAACCUAGAAUGGUUCAUACAUCAUCUCGUCACGUCAAUGAAGGAUUUUUUGGAGUUUCCAAAUGGAUCCAACGUGUUGACGGGCGUCAAGACAUUGAAAAGCAAUACGAGAUUGGGGCUAUUAUUGGCAAAGGAAAUUUCUCGAGUGUGCAUUUAACUCGACGCAAGGAAGAUGGCACCAAAUGUGCGCUUAAGCAAGUUGAGAAAAGAGCAAUGCGAGGGAAAUGCUUUUUUGUGGACAAUGAGGUGGAGAUGUUGUCACUCAUUCAACAUGAUCACAUCAUAUCGAUUAUCGAUGCUUUUAGCACUGAAAAUCAAUACUUCAUAGUUUUCGAACAUGCACAGUACGGGGACUUAUAUGAAACUAUCCGUAAAAAUGGUCGAAUCGAGGAACCAGAUGCUGCUAUCAUAACUCUCCAAGUUGCAUCUGCACUCAAUUAUCUUCACGAAAGAAAUGUGGUUCACAGAGAUGUCAAACCUGAAAAUCUUCUUCUCGUUGACAAAUUUAGUGUGAAGCUUUGCGAUUUUGGAUUGGCAUGUCACAUUCUUGGACCUCUGUACCGUAUCUGUGGAACCCCAACCUAUUGCGCACCAGAAGUUCUUCGGGAGACCGGAUAUUCGACAAGAUGUGAUAUUUGGUCCCUUGGAGUUGUUCUUUAUGUUAUGCUUGUUGGAUAUGCUCCAUUCCGUGCACCAGAUCAAACCAGAUUAUUCAAACUUAUAAUGCAAGCUAAACCAAAUCUGGAUAUGCCAGAAUGGAAAGGAAUUUCAUUGAAGGCUAAAGAUUUGGUAUCUCGCUUGAUGAAUAAAACUGAAGAACGCCGACCACUUGCAUCCCAAAUAAUGGCUCAUCCAUGGAUUGCUCCAUACACCAUGGAAAAUAUUGAUGAUGAAUGAAUGAAGAAAAUUUAUAAGUAUUGCCCGGUGCCAAUGUCUUUCCUUUUCUUGCAUAUUGAUUUGAAUAAAUAAAAUGUACAGUUAAAUUUAUAA